AUGUCGUGGAACUUUAAAGGAAAUAAGAAGUCAAAAAAGAAAAUUCAAAUGUCACCCGAUUCUUAUGCUUCAAAAUUUGCAACUGAAUACGUUGGAAAAUUUCAAAAGGAUUCCAAUUUGUCAUCUAACGCCGAAGACUCGAGUAUGUGCAGUUUGGAAGAGAGAGCCACAUUUCCAUUUAAGCCCACUCCAAGUGGAAAUUUAAAAGUGCAGUCAAAUCAGGUAGUAUUCCAGUCGUCCACCGUCGGCGUGCUUUUAGCUGACCCAACUCAAGCAAAGGUAAAAGUUAAAUUUGAAGGAAAAGCAGCUGGCGAGCCAGACGAUGAUCAAAGUUUUGAUCAUAAAGAAAACAGAAAUGAUUCUGAGCCACAAUUUCAAUAUGGUACAAAAGAUGCUACAAUAAAUAUGCAGGUUAAAAAUACAUUUACAAAUGAUAAAAAUACAAAAACAUCCUGCACCAAAGAAGAUAUGGGGAAAAAUUUGAGUAGUCUUGGGUAUACUCUUGCGGAACCCGUUGACUGGAUUCGGCUGCAGUUGCCCAAAAAACAAGAUUUAUUUCAAGAGGUUUAUCGACGAAUACAUAAUUAUAUUAAUACAGAUACUAUAGUGCAUAUUGGCCGUAAAGAAUUUCAUUGUCACCGCCUAAUAUUACAAAUUUACUCAUCGUUCUUCGAUAAUAAUCAACAGCCGGAAGUUGAAUUGUCAUCGACAAAUGUAACACCAGAAGCAUUUCAUGCAAUAUAUGAAUGGAUGAUUUUUAGCGGAUCUGAUAGUAAUAAAAUUAUCAGAAGAGAUAAUGCACUGGAUUUGUUUUGCGCUUCACAGUAUCUUGGUAUUAAAGAUUUAGAAGAUCAAUGCUGGGCAUUUAUCGUAAAUGAAAAUAUUUUUAACGAAGAUACCGCUUUUGUUUUAUAUAGAGAAGCCAGAGCUAAACGUAUUACACCAGUCAUGGAUUUAAUGGUUCCCAGAAUAAUGAGGUUUUUUUUACCGCUAGUUGCUUCGAAUGAUUUUCUCCAACUAGAGCCUGAUGAAGUUAUAACUAUUCUAAAAUCCAAUUAUAUCUGCGUGACGAGUGAAAUGGAAGUUUUAAUGGCUGGCGUGAGAUGGUUGUACGGCGAUUGGGGAAAUCGAUGCCGUUUUGCCGUAGACGUGAUGCAAUGUGUUCGAUUCGGCCUCAUAUCUCCAUGGCAGCUUGUCGACAUCAAAAGAAACCCCGAAAACACAGAAAUACUUGAAAUUGUCAACGAAACUGAAGUACAACAAAUGGUUGACGAUGGGCUUGCUUUCGUUAUAAUCAAAUACUGGUAUGGCAACAAUUCGAAGAAUUAUUAUCACUGGAUUGAUGUACUGGGACUAACUGAACCCGCUGAGAGGAACUGGAUGGGUGAUGAAAAGAACCAUGUCACGUACAAAGAUUUUCUCAAGUACCUUGAAGAAUUUUUAGUACCUAAGGAGCAGAUGUACCAACAGAUGGCAAUGAUGCAGCCGCUGAGACGAAGUGACGACAUCCCUGGCAGUUUACGUGGUAUGGAUAAUGGUAAAAUGGAUAUGCGAAGGGCCAAGAUAGAAUUUCCUUUACCUGCUGCUUUAAGGGAACUGUCGUCCGACAAGCAGAAUUUUCCAACAAUGAGUGAUUUUUUUGAAAAUAGAAAACAGGUAAAACAAGAUCAAAAUCACUCGCCCAAUCGAUCGCCACCACCGACAACUGCCGGAUUUAACUCUAUUUUACACGAGCCAAAGAAGAGCUUUGCGGCUGAACAGAACCAAAAGCACGAGAUGCCCUACUCUUCACCACACGACCCUCCUGAAAAAGACUCCGCAGACGAUCUCAACACCACCAGCGAGACGAGUAGCGAUGUUGUCGGAACAAGUACUACUGAGAACAACCAGGGCACCAGUAAGCAAAGUGAGCGGAGGCACAGCGUCGCAGCUUCCUAUCUAGCCGCGGCAACAGCGGCACUAGCUAGUUCAAGAAGAGACUCACAAAGUCCAGGAGCACGACCUCAAACAGCAAAUACGUCGCGUCAAGACGCCCAAGCGGUCUCACCUUCUAGAUUCCAAAGCCCACAAAUAUCAAUGUUCAACCAUUCUAAGGAGUCUCUUGCUAGAAUCAAUAUGAAUAAAUUGUCAACGUCAAUUCUCGGACCAUCCAAUAAGAAUUAUAUCGCUGAUGGGUCGCUCUUCAACUGGGACAGAGAAACGGUCUUGGUGUUUGGCGGCACCGACCCACACACUACGUAUGGAACAGCUGGAAACAAUGGAAAAGACAUUUUUAGAUUCGAUCCUGUGACAAAUUCUUGGGAUUUAGUAGGUGAGCUUCCUGAACCGCGACAUCAUCACUCGGUGGCUUUCUUACGUGGGAGAGUAUUUCUUGUUGGAGGUGCAGACCCCCGUGAAGAUGACUUACGCGGCAAAUCUGUGGUAGUAUCCACGGUGUGGAGCUAUGAACCCGUGACGAGAUCAUGGUAUAGCGAAUCAGGACUUGCAAUACCGAGGAAAAACUUUGGUCUAGUCGUGCAUCGCAUGGCGUUGUAUGCGAUUGGAGGUCAGGAUAAAAAGGGACGAUACGUCUUUCCUGAAAACUUUUUUAAUAAACCAAUCAGAGUACUUCGGUCUAUCGAACGCUUCGAUCCUAAGACGGGUUCGUGGAGCGAAGUGCGCGCGAUGCUGACGGCGCGCAUGGCGGCCGCCACCGCCAAGUACCGCGACUACAUCUGGGUGGCGGGCGGCAUGACCGGCGAGCGGCGGCGCCCGCUGUGCUCCAGUGUGGAGUGUUACAAUUCUAAAACCAAUCAAUGGACAGAGAUCCACAGUUUAAGAUUUCCAAGAUGCUUCGCUACGUUAUUUUCUAUGAACGACAAAUUAUACAUCAUUGGCGGCGCAGGCAAGAUGUCCGAUAAGGACAAAACGCCGAGUAGUGUGGGCGCGAUAGAUGUAUGGGACUGGAAGGAGCGGAAGUGGAAGCUGGAGACUGAGAUGUCGAUACCUCGCCACGGACACGCACUCGCCUAUCUCGGUACACAGCUCAUAAUAAUAGGUGGAGUUACAACAAUCUAUAUGCGGGCUUUGAGCAAUGUAGAGUCGUUUUGUUGCGAGCGUGGUGCUUGGAUUCGGGGUGUCGCCACGUUGCCGUCUCCGCUCUCUGGUCAUGGCGCUGUCACCUUACCACCUGCGUCCCUUAUG